AUGUGUAGUAGUAUGGAGGAGGAGGUGAGGGUGAUGGUGCUGGUGGUGACUUAUAAUAGUAUGGAGGAGGUGGAGACUUUUUAGGUGGAGGAGGUGAUGUAUAGUGGUAUGGAGGUGGUGGGGAGGGGGAUGGAGGUGGUGGUGACUUAUAGUAGUAUGGAGGAGGUGGAGACUUUUUUGGUGGAGGAGGUGAGGUAUAGUGGUAUGGAGGUGGUGGAGAGGGAGAUGGAGGAGGAGGGGACUUGUAGUAGUAUGGAGGAGGUGGAGAUUUCUUUGGAGGAGGAGGUGAUGUAUAAUGGUAUGGAGGAGGUGGAGAUUUCUUUGGAGGAGGAGGUGAUGUAUAGUGGUAUGGAGGUGGUGGAGAGGGAGAUGGAGGAGGUGGGGACUUGUAAUAAUAUGGUGGAUGCUCUAUAUGCUUGGGUGGAGGCGGAGAAGCAUACAUAUAAGGCUUAUCAGCCACCACACUGGUGGCUACUAGGCAGAAGACUAUAGCAUGAAUCAUUUUAGAAAAAUGCCCGGGCUGCUCUUCCCGGGUUCCCAUCUUUGAUUAGAGAAGUAUUGUUUUGUGUAUUUGCAUGGUGAGGCAAAAACCCUAUAUAUACUGGUUUCUCCAAUCGUAAGUAUACUUGUUUAAUCAUUAUUACAGCCUGGAGUAGACCAGUAAAACAUAAAAAAAUCCAGUCUUUUUCUCAA